GUUACAGGUAUCGCUAUGGAUGAAAGUACUAAACAUAAUAUCAAAUUUCUCGAUUUUAUAACAACAAAAGGUAAAAUACCCAAAAAGAUAUUCAAAAAUAGGGGGGUUUUGGUGCAAGAAGUGGAAGAGGGACAACCAUGCGGAAAUUGCAAAGAGAAAUGUCCGGGUUUUAGCCCUCAUUUAUGGAGGAAGGUGUGCAACCACUGCAAAUGUCCACGCGAAUGUCACGAUGUAUAUAGCGAAGACCUGAUCAACGUUCGUGAUAGGAUCGGUUUGAAAACGGCAGUCGACGUUCUGAAGUCGCCCCUUAAGGAGAACACCGAAAAUGGGCACUCGUGGGUACCACCUGGUUUGUCUACUGACAAGAUAGAAGAGUACUUUGCCCAGUUACCCAACCACAAAGUACCCCGGUUAGGUACGCCUGGUGAAAAAUAUCGCGAAAAGCAAUUAAUCAUUCAGCUACCCAAGCAGGACUUGGCUCUAGCUUAUUGCAAAUUUCUUGAAAGUGAGUAUCAUAGGAAUUUCGAGGAUUUUGUCAAUGCCAGAAACGAAAUAGCACUCGAUAUCGGCUACGUCAGAGAAGCUUUGGAUUACACGUUAGAAUGCCAUAAGUGCCGAGGAGUUAUGCCGGUUGGUGAAGUAGCCGUCAUUGCACCGAAAUUUGGCGAAAGGAUCGCGUGGCACCCGGCCUGUUUCGUAUGUACCACGUGCGAUGAAUUGUUAGUGGACCUUACUUAUUGCGUCAAGGACGGGAAAUUGUUCUGUGAGAGGCAUUAUGCCGAACAACUAAAGCCUAGAUGUUCCGCCUGCGAUGAACUCAUAUUCUCUGGCGAAUAUACGAAAGCCAUGUCCAAGGAUUGGCACACCGGUCACUUCUGUUGCUGGCAAUGCGACGACACGUUGACAGGACAACGCUACGUGCUGAGAGACGAACACCCCUACUGCGUGCGGUGUUACGAACAAGUGUUCUCCAACACUUGCGAAGAAUGCAGCAAAGUGAUCGGAAUCGACUCCAAGGAUUUAUCAUAUAAGGAGAAACACUGGCACGAAUCAUGCUUCCUGUGCAAUAAAUGCCGUGUUUCACUCGUUGACAAACCCUUUGGAUCAAAAACUGAAAAAGUUUAUUGCGCUAAUUGCUACGAUGCAGCAUUUGCCACUCGCUGUGAUGGAUGUGGAGAUGUCUUUCGAGCAGGAACCAAAAAGAUGGAAUACAAAGGCCGUCAAUGGCAUGACCAAUGUUUUUGUUGCUGCGUUUGCAAGAAUCCAAUUGGCACACGAAGUUUUAUCCCACGAGAGACUGAUAUAUACUGUACUACCUGCUACGAAGAGAAGUUUGCUACACGAUGCAUUAAGUGCAACCAGAUUAUUACCAGCGGAGGUGUGACUUACCGCAACGAACCGUGGCAUCGUGAAUGCUUCAGUUGCGCUAACUGUUCUACCUCACUUGCAGGACAGCGUUUCACAUCUCGAGAGGACAAGCCUUAUUGUGCCAACUGUUUUGCUGACUUAUUCGCCAAGAGAUGCACUUCUUGUAGUAAACCAAUCACAGGCAUCGGAGGAACUAGAUUCAUUUCGUUUGAAGAUCGAAACUGGCACAACGAUUGCUUCAUCUGCGCUAUGUGCCACUCUUCUCUGGUUGGCAAAGGCUUUAUCACAGAUGGAUCAGACAUAUUGUGUCCCGAAUGCGCUAAACAAAGACUCAUGUAAGGAUCCUGGAUCCUUUUUGGGCCCAAAACUGCGCCAAGUCUAGGAGUCAGUUAGUAGCCUUUGAUAACUGUACCAAUAUGAAAUUUAACUUAUAUUACUGGAAUUUUUCCUAAUUUUUCGUCUUUCACUGAAUUCGAAAGGUGCUAUGAUAAUCGACUCUAUGACAGGCAUCCUCCACUUCCUCUUCCUUUAUUAUCUAUGGCGGAAUAGCUUCAGAAUGAUCUCUAAGCCACUUAUUCAAAUUACCUUCUGUCCAUCUUUCUCGAUCUUUUUACCCAAUAAUUUCCCAAUAUUUUAUGCUGUUUAAGUGCGUCAACAUGCUCUAAUGUCUGUCUGUUGGUGCGGACGAAACAAUGUAAAACAGGUAACGAAAUAAUAAAUAUUCGUACUUUGGAAAAAUGAUUAUUUGUUGGAGAAAAAAAAAAAAACAUUUGAAAUGCCAUAUUUUUGGGAACAACUUUUAUAAUGUCUGCUUUAUAUAGUUGAUAUCUCGUGGGACAGUUCAAGGGUGGGAAAAUCUGAAGAUCUCAAGAGCAUUGCUUCUU